AUGCGUAGUGCAAACUGGACAUGCCUCGAUUGGUCAGAAAUUUGCGAUGGAAAGAUCGAUUGUCUAGAUGGUGGACAUGACGAAGAACAUUGUUGUCAAUUAGAAAUCAAUGAAUGUCAGCCGAAUGAAUAUCGAUGUGCCAAUGGACAAUGCAUACCUAUCGCUUUUCUACGAAAUUAUGAUAGAACUCCCGACUGUCUUGAUGGUACAGAUGAAAAUUAUGCACCAUUCGCACGUGAUAGAUGUUCAGCAAUAGGUCCGAAAUUUCGAUGCGAAGAAAUCAUGUGUAGUGAUAAGGAUGUUGAUAUAUACACUACCAUGGCAAGACGUCCAUGUCUACGAGAACGUGGAAAAUUUGCAUUACAAAAAUUACUUUCUAAUAAGCCAAAUGCAAUCUCGAACGAAUGUUGGUCAGCAUUAUAUCGUCUCAACGAUGGUAUUUCGGAUUGUUAUUUUGAUGAUGAUGAAAAAUAUCUCGAAACAGAAAACAUAUGCUCACCAACUUCGAACAUCAAAUGUUAUGAAUGUAAAAGUAAAAGUAAAAGUAAAAGUAAAUUCAUUCAUUACAAUCGUUUUAAAGAUGGUUUCUGCGAUUGUCCACACUAUUGUGAUGAUGAAGUGCCAAUUGAUCAUACUGUUGAUAUUCAAGAACAUAUUUCUUUCCAGACAAUAUGCGAUGGUUUUACUGAACUCUUACCGAUCAUAAUCGAUGGACAGAAUGAAACUGAUGAAACCAAUUGUGGACAAUGGGUAUGCGAUAAUAUAUACACACGAUGCGAUGAUAUUUGGAAUUGUCCUAAUGGAGCCGAUGAACUGAAUUGCCCCGACUUACGUGUAUCGAACUGUACGUCGAAUGAACAUCCAUGCGUCUCACCAAAAGGAAAUGAAUUUAUGUGUUUACCUAUUGAAAAGGCAAGCGAUGGUGUCGUCGAUUGUUUGGGAGCAACGGAUGAGCCUCAUAUAUGCCGACCUUGUACAUCAACCGAUUGUUGUUAA